GAGAAAGACAGCACGUACAGCGACCGUCGGAAGCUCUUCAUCGUGUUGAUCGUCUCGAUCGCCAGCUUUAUUUCUCCCCUUGCCAUCAACAUCUACAUCCCCACGCUGCGUCAGAUAGAAGUUGUGACCGCCGCCAAUACCACCGUGGCCGUGUACAUGAUAUCGCAGGGACUCUCGCCCCUGCUAUGGGCGCCCCUGUCCGACACACUGGGCAGACGGCCAGUCUACCUGGCCACGUUUCUCGUCACGCUGGCAGCCAACAUCGGACUGUCCGUGGCAAAGACGUACUGGCUGCUCGUCCUGCUUCGGUUCGUGCAGGCGUUCGGCGCCGCUAGUGCAAUUGCGGUGGGCGCUGGAACGAUUGCCGACAUCACCCAGCGCAGCGAGAGAGGCUCCUACAUGGGCUACUACUCGUUUGCACAAUACUUUGGUCCGACGUUGGGGCCCGUCGCCGGGGCUGCGCUGGCCCAGCGAUGGGACUACCGUGCGAUCUUUGUCCUUUUGUUGAUCCUCACCGCGCUUGUGCUUGCUGUUCUCGCUCUGUUCCUCAAUGAAACGAAGCGCAGUCUCGUUUGCGACGGAAGCGCGGCGCCUGCUGGCAUCUACCGCUGCUUCUUUCCGCCAAAGACCGCUCGGCCGAGCAGGGACAUGCUGGGCUUCGCAACACUUGGGCUUCACCGGCCACUGCGCCUCUUUGUGCAAGUACGGACGUGCGCAGUGAUCAUCGCCUACGCACUCGUCUACGCCACCUUCUACCUUCAAGCCAGUGCGCUGCCGACGCUGCUCGACACGACCUACCAUCUCAAGCUCCUCUUGAUCGGCGUCUGCUUCCUGCCGAGCGGCAUCGGCAGCGCCGUGGGCACCAUAGUGGGCGGCAAGAUCCUCGAUUGGACAUACCGACGAGCACCCGAGGCCGCUCAGAAUCGACUUGGGGCAGAUGCAACGAGAAUCGCGGCGGUCCGCCUUCGCCCCGCGUGGAUCUACCUGCCCGCCUACUGCGCGUCCCUCUCGGCCUCUGGCUGGUGCAUACAGGCUCACGCACCCCUCGCCGUCUUUCUUCUCUUUCAAUUCUUCAUCGGCAUGUUCUCGACCAUGUACUUUAUCAACAUCAACACGCUCCUCGUGGACCUGUACCCCGACAGCGCAGCCAGCGCCACGGCGGCAGUCAACGUCGGCCGCUGUCUGCUGGGCGCCGUCGCCGUCUGCGUUGCCCAGACGAUGAUACAAGAGCUAGGCGCGGGAUGGACAAUGACCGUCGCCAUGCUCAUUAAUCUCGUGGGAAGUACCCUGUGUCAGGUGCUGGUCCUGUAUCGUAGGAGCGUGUAG